UCAUACAGAUGUGUUUAUACCAUAUAGAAUAAUACAUUGAACGAUUCUGCUUGCUCUCACAGGAUCUCAUCAUUUGCAUUUACAGCCAAACGAUUACAGAAAAGUAACUGUUCAGAUCUACCCAGCCUACCAUGUCAGAGCCGGGUUCUGGCUGUGGUGUUCCAGCCCAGAGAAGCUCACAGCGGGCUCCAGAGGUGAUGACAGUGAAGCUGGAAGACUGCAGUCAAACUCUGGAACUCAAUGUGAUUGUGAAAGAGGAGGAGGAGGAGGAGAGAGAAAUCAAGGAGGAAGAAAACAGUGACUCUGGAAAGAGCUCCAACCCAGGCUCAGACAGCAAGCCCAGUCCCACAGCAUCAGGAAAUCAUAAACAAUGCAGACAGAAGCACCAACCCUGCUGUAGCAACAGUUUUAUUUGUCCAACUCACCUCAAAUCACUCAAACAGACUCCCAAAAUAAAGAAGACAUACCUCUGCUCCCAAUGUGGGAAGAGUUUCAGUCGGACAGGAGACCUAAAGAGUCAUCAGAGAUCACACAGUAAAGAAAAGCCUUACCACUGCGCUCAGUGUGGGGAGGGAUUCACUCAACUUGGAAGUCUAAAAAGUCAUCAGAGAAUACAUACAGGGGAGAAGCCUUACCACUGCUCCCAGUGUGGGAAGAGCUUUAAUCGUUCAGGAAACCUUACAGAACAUCAAAGAAUACAUACAGGGGAAAAGCCUCACCACUGUACCCAAUGUGGGAAGUGUUUCAGUCGGGCAGGAAUUCUAAAGACUCAUAAGAGAACUCACACAGGAGAGAAACCUUUCCACUGCUCUGCUUGUGGGAAGAGUUUUACAAGAGAAGUAAGCCUAAAGAAUCAUCAAAGAGUACACACUGGAGAGAAACCUUUCCACUGCUCCACAUGUGGGAGGGGUUUCAGUGAGAAAGUAAAUCUUAAUAGACACGAGCGAGUACAUAGUGAAGAGAAGCCUUACCACUGCACCACAUGUGGGAAGAGCUUUAAUCAUUCAGGAAGCCUUAAGGAACACCAGAGAAUACAUACAGGGGAGAAACCUUACCACUGCACUGAGUGUGGAAAGAAAUUCCGUUUUGCAGGAGAUCUAAAGAAUCACCAGAGAUCACACAGUAGGGAGAAGCCUUACCACUGCUCUCUUUGUGGGAAGAGUUUCAAUCAACCCGGAAACCUAAAGAGUCAUCAGCGAAUACACAUAGAAGAGAAGCCUACCUGUACUGUCAAUGUGAUUAUCAAAGAGGAGGAGGGUGAGAGGGAAAUCAAUGAUAAGGUAAAGAGAGAAGUUGAGGAAAGUAAUGGUGUAGUUGACUCAGGUACAUCAAGACUACCUGGUCGUUGUCGUUACCCCUGCCCUCAAUGUGGGAAGAAUUUUAGUUCCUCAAGUAAUCUAAAGAAUCAUCAAAGAGUACACACUGGAGAGAAACCUUUCCACUGCUCAGCAUGUGGGAAGCGUUUCCGUGAGAAAGCACACCUUAAGAGACAUGAGAGGGUACAUAGUGGAGAGAAGCCUUACAACUGCUUCGAAUGUGGGAAGAAUUUCCGUGUGGAAGAUACUCUACAGAAACACCAGAGAAUCCACACAGGAGAGAAGCCUCACCACUGCUCUCUUUGUGGGAAGAGCUUUAAUCAUUCAGGAAGCCUUAAAGAACAUCAAAGAAUACAUAGUGGAGAGAAGCCUUACCACUGCUCUCUUUGUGGGAAGAGCUUCUAUCAUUCAGGAACCUUUAAGAAACAUCAGCAAAGACACAUUGGAGUGAAACCUACCUGUAAUCUCAAUGUGAUUGUCAAAGAGAAGAAUGAUGACUGUACUCCCAAUGUGAUUGUCAAAGAGAAAGAUGGUGACUGUACUCUCAAUGUGAUUGUCAAAGAGGAGGAUGGUGACUGUAAUCUCAAUGUGAUUGUCAAAAAGGAGGAUGGGGACUGUACUCCCAAUUUGAUUGUCAAAGAGGAGGAUGGUGACUGUAAUCUCAAUGUGAUUGUCAAAGAGGAGGAUGAUGACCCAGAUACAUCAAGACUACCUGAUUGUGGUCGUUACCCCUGUCCUCAAUGUGGAAAGAAUUUUAGUUCCUCGAGUAAUCUAAAGAAUCAUCAAAGAGUACACACUGGAGAGAAACCUUUCCACUGCUCUGCAUGUGGGAAGAGUUUCAGUGAGAAAGCAAACCUUAAGAGACAUGAGAGGGUACAUGAGAAGGAAAAGAGAGAAGUUGAGGAAGAGGAGAAAACUGGUGGUGUAGUUGACCAAGAUACAUCAAGACUACCUCGUCGUGGGAGUUACCCCUGUCCUCAAUGUGGGAAGAGUUUCAGUUCCUUAGGUAAUCUAAAUAAUCAUCAAAAAGUACACACGGGAGAGAAGCCUUACCACUGCACCCAAUGUGUUAAGAGCUUCAGUGAGAAAGCAAACCUUAAGAGACAUGAGAUAGUACACAGUGGGGAGAAGCCUUACCACUGCACCCAAUGUGGGAAGAAUUUCCGUGUGGCAGAUACCCUACAGAAACACCAGAGAAUCCACACAGGAGAGAAGCCUAACCACUGCUAUUUUUGUGGGAAGAGCUUUGAUAAUUUAGGCAGCCUUAAGGAACAUAAAAAAAUACAUAAUGGAGAGAAGCCUUACCACUGCACUCAAUGUGGGAAGAGCUUCAAUUACUCAGGAAAUUUUAAGAAACACAUGAUGACCCACAGCGGAGAGAAACCCCACCAGUGUUCCGUUUGCGGGAAGGCCUUCCUGCGAUCCUAUGACCUGAGACGACACCAGGUGGUUCACAAAGGAGAGGGUGCCAGAUCUGACACGGACAGCUCUGAGAAGCUGCACCACUGCUCCGAGUGCGGAAAGAGGUUCCUCACAAAGACGCGGCUGAACAGACAUGCGCUGAUUCACAGCGGAGAGAAACCACAUCAGUGCUCUGUUUGCGGGAAGUGUUUCUUACGACCCGACGACCUGAGGAGACACAUGACCAUCCACACCGGAGAGAAAACCAAGCACGUCUGCCAUCCGUGUGGGAAGACCUUCACCUUGCUACGGCACCUCAAGAUCCACCAGCGAGUACAUACAGGAGAGAAACCAUACCACUGCUCCAUGUGCCCGGAGAGUUUCGCCCACCUGUUGGAGUAUAGGAAGCACAGACAGACCCACCGUAAGGAGAAACCAUACCACUGUGAUGAGUGUGGCAAGAUGUUCUCCCACUUCAGAACCCUCAAGGUUCAUCGUCUGAUCCACACAGGAGAGAACCUCCACCACUGCUCCUACUGCGGGAAGGGCUUCACGAUCAGAGGGAACCUCAACACCCACCUACUGACCCACACCAAGGAGAAACCGCAUCAGUGCUCCAUCUGCGGACAACGCUUCGCAAGAUCCCAGUGCCUGAAAAAACACAAGCUCAAGAAGUUACACAUGGAAGAGGUCCUCUACCACAUCUGCGACUGUGGUAAGAGCUUCACAGAUGUAGAGAAGCUGCAGACGCAUGCAAGGACGCACUUGAAGAACCUUGAGAAGAGGUUCUGCUGCUCGUACUGCGGCCGGACGUUCGUACGGGCUGGUGACCUUCAAAGCCACCAGAGAACACACACUGGAGAGAAACCGUACGUCUGCACUACAUGCGGGACCCGUUUCGCCCAGUCUGGGAACCUGAGAGUGCACCAGAUCACGCACACUAAAGAGAGGCCGUACCCUUGUACUGUCUGUGAUAAGGGGUUCACCACACCGGGGAGUCUGAAGGUGCACAUGAGGCUCCAUACAGGGGAGAAGCCGUAUGUCUGUAGCCUGUGUGGGAAAGGGUUCCAUGUACCCAAAUUGCUGAAGAAACACCAGGAGCAUCACACAAGCGAGAUGACAGCCUCCUUGGACAUGACAUAG